AUAUGAUUCGGUUUGUUGUUUGAUGAAGGGACAGGAUUGAUCCACCUUCUUGAUUUAAUAGAUAAUUGAUUGUACACACCGGAUUCGAGACGAAAUUGUAACGUGACGAUUGAUUGUUCUCUCUCUCUCUGAAGUGAUAUGAUUGACGACUGAGCAGCAUCUCUCAAGACUGACUGUGACUGAGCAGAACUGAGUGGGAGACCAAGACUUGACUACUCGUGACUGAGUGACUGACUGACUGCGACUCUGACUGAGACUUUGUCCGAACUGAGAGCUCGCUACUAUGCGAGCUGUAUUUAUCUGAGCUAAGUAGAUCGCAGAUAGUUGCCCCGAAGGACUGGAAGUGGGUGUGGAAUUCCCUUGAGAUAGAGAAGGAAGACGGACGCAGAUUUUAUCCCUAAGGACUGGAAGUAGGUGUGAAAUUUCCUUGAGAUAGAGAAGGAACACAUGUUUGCAGCUGUUAUCCCUAAGGACUGAAAGUGGGGUGUGAAGGAGAAAUGACCAGGAAGGAAGACGAACACAUAUGGCAUACACGGUGCCACCUGGCAUGGAAUACAUGGCACAGCUUGACCAGGUGCUGGUGAAGCAAGUAAUCGAGGUGUUUGAGUUGAUUGCGGGAUGUGAGAUGAAUAACAAGUAUGUCUUGAAAAACUCAAUGGGGCAAGAAUUCUUGACUGCAAGGGAGGACACAGACUGCUGCACCCGUCAAUGUUGUGGCCCCAUUCGACCUUUUGAAAUGGGUAUCUUUAACAGCCAAGAUCGAGAAGUGAUGCACUUGUCACGCCCCUUGGCAUGUGGAGCCUGGUGCUGCCCUUGCUCCAUGAUGAGUAUUGAGGUUUCCAGUCCACCUGGAACAGUUAUAGGCAGCGUCCACCAGGAAUGGAGCAUGUGCACCCCAUUGGCUGGCAAGUUCACCGUCAGGAAUGUUGGUGGUGACGUGGUACUCAGGAUCCAGGGACCUGUGUGUGCUAUCAGCUGUGGGAGUGAUGUGGAAUUUCAGGUGAUGAGUGAGGACAGUUCUGUGCAAGUUGGAGCAAUCACCAAGCAGUGGAGAGGGCUUUGUUCUGAAGCCUUUACUGAUGCUGAUAACUUUGGCCUCACCUUCCCCAUAGACAUGGAUGUGCGCACAAAGGCUCUACUUCUUGGUGCACUUUUCCUCAUUGAUUUCAUGUACUUUGAGAGAGCCAAGAACAAUUAGAUAUAUAUCAGACAUCCAUCUCCUCCUCUCAAAAUAUGCAGUGACCAAGUGUUGGCAGUACUAAGGCUGAUACUUGGGUGCAAUAACCUGGCUGAUGUGUGACUCAUAGUAUGGAUGAUCUAUCACACAGUGGUAAAAUCACUUAAUCCUCAAAAUUAAUUAUAAGUACAUCUCAGAAGACUAAAAUGUUUGUUGAUGAUAGUGUUAGAACAAAUACCUCAAGUUUAAAUCCAUGUAAAGGUGUCUUCUAUUUACUUUGAUCUGUUUCAGAUCAUUGAUCUGGCUGUGCAGUCCAUGUUCUAUUUACAUCUUAAUCUAGAUCUACCCUGAUCUGAGUGAUCUGGGUCCUGAGGUGGGUUAUAGCAGACAACACUUGCUAAAGCUGCUGGUGGAGGCUAUAUUAGCAGCUGAAUAGCCUCUACUGGGGACUUGUUUGAGGGAAUAUACUGCAAGAAAAUAGCUGCUAUGUCUGAGGAAGAAACUGAAUGUUAAUGAAUCACUGCAGAAUGCUGCUGUGGGCACAGAAUGUGCAUAGUGGUGGUAACAGAUAUCAGAAACAAGGAGAUACAACAAGCCACACUAAGCCUUGGUUCAAUGACUUCUGAUUUUAAUUAUGUGGCCAUUACCACAUCUGCCAAUGACUACAUGAUGAGGCAAAGGAAGACACUUGUUCAGUUGAAAAUAAUACAUCUCUAAUUUUGAAGUGCCUCAGUAAUAGUGUCAAUAGUGUCAGCACACAGGCCAAGCUAACCUCACCUUACAUCCAAAUAUUUUCUCAUUCUACCACUCUGUAAUUCAUCACAGUGAGUACUUUUAGCAUGGUGUGCGUGAAGAAAGCCUUGUGUGAAACUUUAUUAUACAAUGUUCAUGGCCAGGCAUGGAACCCAGUCUUGUGCUUCCUGGGUAGGUAUGUGGCUAGGACUCAGGGGUGACCUUCUCAGCCUAUUCUUCAGGAAACGCAGUCUGUACUCCUCAUUGACACUUCCUUAAAGCAUAGUGCCAAGCAUCAACAAUCUACCACUUGUGACAGCAGGACAGUGACAUGUUUGUGUUGUUAUUGUUUUGAUCAGCAAUGGCUACAAGCAUUCUUUUUACCCUGAGAGAAUCCAGAUCAGAUCCAGAUCAAUGAUCUAGAGCUAAUCAGUGCUAUAAAUAGAAGAUCCCCUUAAGAAGAGUUUAUACAAAUUUGAUAUUGCCUGAAGAUGUUAGUGUUAAAACAAAUAGCUCUUAAGUGUAAAUCAAUAUUAUUGGUGAACUUAUUAUUGGCUGUUGGUGAUAGUGUUGAAAUAAGUACCUCUUAAGUAUGAAUCCAGUAAAAAAAAAAAGGAAUUUUGUUUUGCUAUGUUGUUAUAGUGUUCAGUGAGUACUGUACCUCAUAAUGAUUCCUACAUAGAUUGAUUUCAGGAAGGAAAACUAAAAAUGUUCCUCUAAGGCCAAAUACUGCCUCAAUUUGCACUUUAUAUAUUCCAUCCAUUCCAUGCAACUACUAACAAUAUAAUAGAUAAUCACAUUAAUUAUUCACCUCACAUUCUUUUUAAUAUAACAAGCUACAUCCAAUUACAUGAAAUAAUUUUUUUGUUUAUAUACAUUUUACAGUGACCAUUGAUAUACUGUUAAUAAGUACCUUAUUAACCUCUUGUUUCCCAGCACAAUCAGCACAAAGUUGAGGAAAAGCCAUUAGUUAAAGUGAAUAUUUUUAGAUCUUUCAGUACCAACAAAAAGUGGUUGUAAGAACUACAAUUAAUGAGGUUUCAUAUAUUCAUUUAUUCUAUUUUUAUAUACAGAAGAGGCUAGAAAAGAUUUUUUUUUUUUUUGUCGGAGGGACACCGGCCAAGGGCAACAAAAAUCUAAUAAUAAAAAAAAAAAAGCCUACUGACAUGCUGGUCCCAAAUAGGGUCCAAAGUGGUGGUCAAAAAUUGAAGGAUAAGCAUCUUGUAAACCUCCCUUUUCAAGGAGUUCAAGUCACAGGAAGAUGGAAAUACAGAAGCAGGGAGUUUCAGAGUUUACCAGAGAAGGGGAUGAGUGCCUGGGAAUACUGGUUAAUUUAGUAAUGACAGUGAUCUCAACCAGAAAAAAAGAAAAUUGUGAAAAUUGAAUGCUGUGAGUAUGGGGGCAGGUUAUUUUAAUGUGUUCAAUAAUUCAACAGCCAGUAUUGGUAUGAAAAUGAGGAUAAAGAAAGUAGGGAGAAGCAGAGAAUGGAAAGCUUUCAGUGGAGUCAGCUGGAAUCUCAGUAAUGAAAAAAUGGGACUUCCAAGAAGUGAGAUGAUAUUCUAUAGAUUGAAAACUGGAUCUGAAACUGUGAAUGUUGCAGAAGUUAUUGGAUAUGGAAAAAAGUUGGAGAAGGUAUGAAGGCAUGAGUUUUUGUCUUGAUAGUUUGUCAUGGAGAUAUUCCCCAGAUGGAAACUCUGGCAGGUUUGUGAGCCAUUAUCAUAAUAUUGAUUUUGAAAUUAUGAAGUCUCAUGAUUGAUACAGACAUUUUAUCCUGUAUGUCUGCUUGUCUUACUAGAUAGUAAUUUUUUACAGAUUUAUUUUCUGAAAAUGCCAGUGCUGAAUGUCAUCCAGUCAGCUGGUAGAAAUGCUCUCCUAGUGAGGAUGUGUGCCAUUAUUUCACUUGACUCAGUUUUUUUUCAGUAUUGUGGUAUGGAUGCUGUGAGAACGUGGUGAUUCAUCUAUCUUGAAUCAAACUCUGCAGGGUGAUUUAAAACUUCAUUUCAAGCAAUUGUUAUUCCAUCAAGUGAAAAUUCAUAGUUGAAUACUUAUCUUGACUUUGUUCUCCAUUGGAUAGCUUCAAAAAAAUGCAGUAGGGUAUGUGAUCAUUAUAACAUAAUUACAAUAAUGCACUGAAAUUUUAAUAAAUGUUUAAUCAGAAUAAUGAACCAAAACUGGCAUAACAAACUAAGUGUGCGCUUAGUAAUUUUAAUAAAAAUUUAAUCAGAAUAACUAAAGCUACCAAGACAAACUUGCCAUUUGUGUAGGCACUGAAAUUUUAAUAAAUAUUCAAUUGGAAUAACAAAUUAAACCUUGCACCAAGCUCACCAGCUGCAGAACCUGCUGCUCACCUAUAAGCUGCCUAUCUCCUCCUUCCUUUUUCCUUUACCUUCCCUUCUUUCAUCUUGUUUCAGACCUCCCUCCUGGUUACCUUCCUUGUACCUUAUCUCUCAGAGAUAAGGGACAAGGGAGUGAAAUUCUCUCUCUCUCUCUCUCUCUCUCUCUCUCUCUCUCUCUCUCUCUCUCUCUCUCUCUCUCUCUCUCUCUCUCUCUCUCUCUCUCUCUCUCUCUCUCUCUCUCUCUCUCUCUCUCUCUCUCUCUCUCUCUCUCUCUCUCUCUCUCUCUCUCACACGCACACGCACACACACACGCACACACACACACACACACACACACACACACACACACACACACAUUUUAUGUCAUUUUGCUCCAUCAUUUCUCACCUUUCCCCACUCAUAUACAUAAUUCCAUUUUCAUUCUCAAUCAAUCUCAUUUUAUUGAGCAAUCCUUAGGUCUGUUCUUACUUCCAUAGAGAGAGAGAGAGAGAGAGAGAGAGAGAGAGAGAGAGAGAGAGAGACCUCUGACUUAGGUAGGAUUUACUGUAUGUAUAUGUGUGAUGCUGAGAGUAGGUAAAUGGGACCCAUACUUGUCAAAGCACAGCAAAAUCUGGUAUGGUAAGAAUUUAGGGUUAGUGGUAAAACUUGGGAGGAUACUGUAUAUAUUUGUUGUGUUAUCUCAAAUUUGGUAGUGCAAAUGUGCUCAUUUUUAUUUUUUUUAUUGAUUUUUUAAAUUAUUUUUUGGUUCCCUGGAGCCAAUCAAUUUUUUCCCAUAGGUUUUUCAGUCCCCAUAAAGCACAUUUGCCAUAAUAAACGCUACACUGGAAUAAAUCAAGUUCAUUGCCACAUAUCCUACUGUAUAUGAAAAAAGUUUUGCCAUUUCUUUGGUAUUACCAAUUCAUAGUUUGUUUAUCUUAAUGCCUGCCAUUCUUGAGGUCAUCUUUAAUGAGCUUUUGAAAGCCUUCAGAAAAUAUUAUGAUCCAUGUACCAUCGUUAACUAACAAAAUUUUUUCUCUAGCUUUCAGGUUAAUUUUAUUAAUUAUUUUUCUUUAUUAGUAAUUUGUCUGAUUCUCAUUUCUCUAGAUGUCUUUUCCAUAAACAUGUAUUUUAUAAUAUAAAAGCAGGUUUCUCAACAUAAUGCAGUCUUCAUAUUUUCUAAAGCAUUUAUGACAGUAAUUCUUUCUCACAGAUGCAUGGUUUAUACUAAUGUUGAUUGUUAUUCUGUGCGUCUGAGUGUAUGUCCUCGGGGGUUAUUCUUAGAUAUUUGUAAGUGAAUAUAGGAAAUAUUUUAGAUAUGUAGGUUUAUAUAGAUUAUUUUGACAAGUUCUAACCCAAAAUGUGUAUGUACAAGUUUAUAUUCUUGAAGAGAAUUUUGAUAUUUUGAACUAUUAGCUGAACAGUUUUCUGGUGCUUUUUGUUUUCAUACAGAAAAAUCAUUCUGAGCCUUAUUCUUAUAACAUGAUUGUGUAUUUUUAUAUUUUAUAAUAAUAUCCAUGCUUUUGCUGAACAUGUUGUACAAAAGAAAUUGCAUGUAGUUUUAAUUGAUCAUAUAUUAUUGAAUAA